GACUAACCAUUUGAAUCAAACCAAUUGAAGUUAAAAAAACAUAUUUUGGCGAAGAUCAGCAAAUUGAGUCCUAAAAGAUUGAAGAACCGUUAAAACCCCCGUCCAGAUAUAUAUAAUUCCCUGCAUUCAAAGGAAAAUAAAUAGAAGGGGAGAAGAACAUUUUAUUGUGAUUCUUUCUUUUCUUUUCUUUUCUUUUCUUUUCUUUUAACGAUGAACGCUCACCAUGCUUCCCUCGGUCGACGGACGCUGGAGGAGAUUCGUCAAAAGAGAGCCGCCGAAAGAAUCAGCAAAGCUUCUUCCGGAUUGGAUCUCACCAAAGCUCCAAUCCCUAAUGAUGUUCAAGGCAUGAAGAAAUCAGAAAGCGAAAAUCGACUCUCUGAGGUGGAUAUUAGUGGUUUAGUAUCUCAACUAAAGGACUUGCAGAAGAAAAAUGCAGAAUUAGAGGAAAAUAACCAGAUGUUAUCUGUGGAGCUUCAAGCUAAGGAAGCCGAGCAUGAAACACUGCAAACACGGUUUAAUGAUCUGGAACAGAAUACUGUACCAUCUCUAAGAAAGGCUCUGAAAGAUGUUGCUAUGGAGAAAGAUGCUGCUGUUGUUGCGCGGGAGGACCUCUCAGCCCAACUUCGCAUGCUCAAGAAACGCCUGAAAGAGGCAGAAGAUGAGCAAUACAGAGCUGAGGAAGAUGCUGCAGCCUUGAGGGCUGAACUCAACUCAAUGCAGCAACAAUUGAUAAGCAAUUCAUUUAGUGGAAUAAAUGCCAUGGGGAGUUCACCAGAUCAAGUACAAGCAUUAGAAAAUGAGUUGGCUAGAUUGAAGUCUGAAUUACAGCAAGAGUCAUCGUUGAGGCAACAAGAGCGACAGCAAUUAGCAGAGGAGCAAGCUCGGGUUUCUGCCCUGACAUCAGAAAAGCAGGAACUGGAAGAAAGACUUACUGCUAUGUCCAAAAGGAGUUCAGAAGUAGCCUCUGAGAAAGGAAUGCGCAAGGAAUUUUCAGUGGAAGAUAAAGAAAAGCUUGAGAAACAGCUACAUGAUAUGGCAGUAGCAGUGGAGAGACUUGAAAAUAGCAGACAAAAACUUCUAAUGGAGAUUGAUAACCAAUCUUCGGAGAUAGAAAGGCUUUUUGAGGAAAAUUCUAAUCUCUCAUCUUCUUAUCAAGAGGCAAUGAACACAGCAAAGCAGUGGGAGAAUCAGGUUAAAGACUGUCUUAAGCAAAAUGAAGAGCUUCGUAGAAUUCUAGAUAACUUGAGAACAGAGCAGGCUAGUUUGCUAUCCAAAAACGGUUCUGGGGCUAUUCAAACUGGUUCACAGGGAAAUACAACUGAAAUUCUCUCCCUCAAGGGACAACUUGUGCAAGAACAGAGCAGAGCAGAUUCACUAUCAGCUGAAGUAAUGCAGCUUUCAGCGCGUCUCCAACAAGCGACGCUAGCAUAUAACAGUCUUGCACGCCUCUACAAACCAGUUCUCCGAAACAUCGAAAGCAGUCUCAUCAAAAUGAAGCAAGAUGGCUCGAUUACCAUCUAGCGAAUGCAAUAGCAUAGUUUCAUUUGGUGUAAUUUGUUUUCGAAACCGAUUCUUGGGCAGAGGAUUGAAUUUCUGCAGGCAGUCUUUUUGGUGUGAUGUGAGCCAUUCAUUAUUUUUACGAGACAGGUAGUGUAUGUACUGCUUCUUUUAAGUGUAAUUCGAACAACAAAAGAUGAAUUACAGGAAAAAUGUAUUUCACAGAGAUAUUUCUUCAUGAGCGAGGUUGUAAAAAACUAGACUGGAUUGGUUGAUUUCAUCAAAAAUUAGUCAAUCCAACAGUUUAAUCAUAUGUGCUGUUUUGACGGUUUAA